AUGAAUCCAACAAUAACAGAGCACGACUUUCGCUUUCCCAGAAGGCCAAGUGCAUGGCCCGCCACCACCGCCUACCACGCUCCCACUCAACGCAGCGGCCAGUCGAGCCAUAUCCCAAAUUCUCGUGACGUCUCGGCCAGCUUCAAAGAGCACAAGACUGACAUGGCUACCACCUAUUCCCUUGCCAGGCAGGGCCUGGGCGUAACCCCAUCUUUCCCAUUCCUUAUUAAUGGCCUCGCCGACUCUGACCGUAGUAUCGAUAAGAUGCAGCAGGACGACCCUCUGGCGACUCAAGUCUGGAAGUUUUUUGCGAAGACCAAGCAGCAGCUUCCUAGCCAGCAUCGCAUGGAGAACCUAACUUGGCGCAUGAUGGCUCUCAGUAUGCGCAAGCACAAGGAGGAGCAGCAGAGACAGAACGAAGCAGAGGCCCGAAGGAAAAGCAACAUGGAGGCGAGCAAUCGACUUGGGCGCCCGUUGAUGCAAAGUUCUCCCAGCGGCAUUGCUCAGCUGCGAAAAUCGUCUGAGCACAAUAUGCCACAGCCCGAUCCCAUGAAUCUCGACGACUUCAUCUUUUCCGACAACUCUGCUUCACCUGGCAACUUUGCGUCUCAGGGCGACAAAAUGGCCGACGACAGGGUCAGUAAUCCAAUGGCCUCGGCCAUUCCUAUCAAAUCCCGCAAGGAGCUAUCGCACCAGACUUUCGUCCCACAAUCGGUACCUGUUCAACCACUUCACCAGGCCACUCAGGGCCAUGAAUUCAACUAUGUCAACCGCCACCUUCGAAAAACCAGCAUCGAUGACCGUAGAACUCGCAAGCGCCCUGCUGAUUUCUCACCACAAGUUCCGGCUGUCAACACUGCUGCGCAGAAUGAUCUUGAUCUUGAUUCGGAGCUUCAUGACUACUCUCUGGAUCAACCCAACCAGACAAGCAUUCCCCAGCAGUCAAACGGCAUCGCCGUCCCCUUUGGUCUUGACACUUUCAUGGAAAACGACACCUCCAUGGUCAACAACAAUGGAAAUUUCCAACAGAACUUCUCAUUUUCUCCCUCUACUUCACCUAUGAUACCCCAUGGUCCCUUUUCCGGCAUGUACCACAAUUCUUCAGUUCCCACAACAUCUGUAAACAACAACGACUUUUACUCCCCUCCAGCAUCCGCCUACCCAUCGAAUGUUUCAACUCCUCAUCCUGUGCCCGAACAGGAUGGAUUUUACUUUGGUUCCCAGGAUGCGCGAGCUCAACGGCCCCAAGGCUUCCAACAAAGUAUCAACAGCAUGCUCAGCCAGCAGUUCAUGUAUGGUAAUGCAAACGGCAACAAUGGCAACACCAUGUUCUCUGCUCCAGGAACUGGAUCAGAAUCCAUGUCUGCCUAUAGCACUGCUCCCAGCUCCUUUGGACAUAUCGACCCUACGCAGGUGUUCCAAAAUGACCAGCCUGUCCAAUCCCCCACGAUGCAAACACAGCAGGACAGCAUGUUUUCGUUCGGAGCCGACUCAGAUGACGAGGAUAACAACGCAUUUGCUGACCGCAAUGUGCCGAUGCAAAAGGAUAUUUCUUCAUCUCUCGACGAUUCUGGAUCCAUGGGUUGGGAUGCAAGCCUGCCGGGUCAGUUCAGCACCCAGGCUGCUCGUUUCCCUGGUGGACCAACUCGCAAGCAGGUGACAAUUGGAGGUGCGACAACCGAUUUUGUCGAUAACAAUGGAGACUGGGAAGCAAAUGGCCUUGAGCGAUCACAAUCGCAGUCGUUCAGAGGUGGUAAUCUCAGGAGACAGCAUCCCAAACUACCACGAAACGCUUCCACACCAGUGCACUUUUCGGGCCAACAGAACGGCUUUGAUCAACUUGCCCAAUCGUUGCAAAGUUCACCUGCAGGCGAUGCAAAUGGAACCUUGUCGGGAUUCUCGUCUGUUGCUCCAAGCAGACCAUCUUCGCCACCCAUGUCGAAGCAAGGGUCAUCAACGAACUUGCAGGCAGCCGCUGGUAAUGGCAGUGAUGGAAAUGCUCCGACCACGUGCACCAACUGUUUCACUCAGACGACGCCUUUGUGGAGGCGGAAUCCUGAAGGCCAGCCGUUGUGUAACGCCUGUGGCCUUUUCCUAAAACUGCAUGGUGUUGUGCGACCAUUGAGCUUGAAGACGGAUGUCAUCAAGAAGCGCAACCGUGGCUCUGGAACCAAUGUUCCGGUUGGGGGCAGCAGCACCAGGUCUAAGAAGACGGCGAGUGCGCUGAAUUCGCGAAAGAAUUCAACCCUCUCGAUGUCUACUGCGGCAACCAACAACACAAACCCCAACAGCAGUAACCCGACACCUAAAGCAACGACGCCACCUGCUGCCAGUCGACCUGCAAGCAGCAAGGAUGUUGAAAGCCCCAUUAGUGGUACUACAUCUGGUACCAACACCGCUGGCAGUACUCCGAAUAGCCAUCUUGUCGGCCCUGGUGCCUCAUCUGGUGCUAUGGGUGGCAAAGGAGUUGUUCCUAUAGCAGCUGCACCCCCUAAAACUAGUCCUGGGCCUGGCGCCUCAUCCAUGUCGAUGCAGCGACCUACUACCGCUUCAUCGAAACGGCAACGCCGUCACAGCAAGAGUAUCGGCGGAGAUGUGCCAGUAUCUAUGGACAUCGAUAGCCCCGACUCGACUAGUUCCAUCGAUGCUCCGCGUCCCUUUGGCUCUUCUGCUGGUCUGUCAAGCCUGCCUGGUGGCAUGUCUGCCAGCAGCUUCAACCUCAACCAGCGACCUAGCACACUGGGUUCAGCUACGGGCAUGAUUAGUAUGUCUGGUGGCGGACAAACAAGCUCACUGAUUGGCAGCUCUGCUGGCCCACAAGAGUGGGAAUGGUUGACAAUGAGUCUUUGA